AGCCAUUGGAUCAACAUGGAGGUGAUCCUCCGAGAGCUGCACUCCAGAGGCCACGACAUCACUGUGCUGCACUCUGCCAAGAGCUGGUACAUCCCUAUUAACUCUACUUUCUAUACCUCCAUUACAAGGCGUAUGAUGGAGGAUGAGUCAGACCUGAGUUACUACAAUAUUAUGGUUUUGAAAGUUAUGGAAUGCCGCAAGUCAUCAACUUUCACACGCACCUUCUGUCAAAAUGACUUAAUCGGAUCCAUGUUUGGUCUCGGCCACAAGAUCCUUGCAGGAGCAGCUGCUGAAAUGUUGGAUGAUCCUGUUUUUAUAAAGAAACUUCAGGAUGCCAAGUUUGACCUGAUGCUCACAGACCCUGGCUUGCCCAUAGGGGUUAUAUUGGGUAGCUACCUCAAACUGCCAAUGGUUUUUAAUGUGCGCUGGAUCAAUACUGGAGAGGCCCAUCUUACCAUAGCUCCCUCUCCUCUCUCGUAUGUCCCCUUAUCAGUAAGUGAACUUCACGAUGAAAUGGAUUUCCUGGAUAGGAUCAAGAAUAUGUUACAUUAUUUCCAAAGCUAUGCUCAACAGCACUACAUCAUAAACCCUCUUUACUCAGACUUGUUCGAGCGUCACUUCCCCCCUGAAACUGACAUGUUGUCUCUGCAGCUUUCAGCUGAUCUCUGGCUGGUAAGAACAGAUUUCGUCUUUGAGUUCCCUCGCCCCACAAUGCCCAAUGUGGUCUACAUAGCAGGAUUCCAGUGCAAAAAGGCCCGUCCCCUCCCUGCUGAUCUGGAGGCCUUCGUGCAGAGCUCUGGGGAGCAUGGGGUGGUAAUCAUGUCUCUGGGGACGCUGGUGUCGGCUCUGUCUCGUGAGGUCACUGAGGCCAUCGCUGCUGCUUUUGCUCGCCUCCCUCAGAAGGUGGUGUGGAAGUUUGUUGGUGAAAAGCCUUCAUCUUUGGGGAACAACACACUCUUGGUGAAAUGGCUACCUCAGAAUGACCUCCUUGGACACCCCAAGACUCGUGCCUUCGUAGCCCAUGGUGGCACCAAUGGCAUGUAUGAGGCCAUUUACCAUGGCGUUCCAGUUGUGGGCUUGCCCCUCUUCUUUGACCAGUUUGAUAACGUACUCCGGCUGAAAGUGCGAGGGGCAGCCCGGGUGGUGGAGGCAGGAUCACUCACAGAAGAUGAGUUUGUGGAGGCUUUGAAAGACGUCAUCGAGACUCCUUCAUAUCGUAACAACAUGAAGCGUCUUUCACUGCUGCACCAGGACCUCCCUAUGUCCCCCAUGGACACCGCCAUCUUUUGGAUUGAGUACGUCAUCAGACACAAGGGAGCCGCCCAUCUUCAGGCUGCAGGUUUUAGUCUACCUUGGUACUCGUACUUCUGUCUGGAUGUGGCCGUUUUCUUCUUAGUCAUUAUUGUAGCCUUUGUCUGGGCUUCAGUUUCAGUCUGCAGGAUUCUCUGCUCCUGGAGCUCCUGGAAAAAGAUGAAAGCAGAGUGA